AGUUCCAGACGGAUCUGUUACUGCCCAAGCCGGGCGACGCGCAGAGCUUUGCAAACCCAGAGGCCGCUACAGACCCUGCCGGGCCUUCAUUAUCCCAGCGAAGGUGGCAGAAGCCGUUGCCACGUUGAGCAAAAGGCACUUCCCCUUAAGGGGCUGGGCAGGAUUCCUCAGUUGUGGAUCGCGAGCCUCAGCUGGCUGGGGAAGCUUCAGCGUCUGGCGCAAGAAGCUACUGACUUGGAAGAAAUGCGGCGCAGCAACAAGAGGGAUGAGAAGGCGCAAGCUGGGGGGCGGGAGACCCUUCCAGUUGUUAUGGAGUCUCAUGCCAGUCAAAAUCCCCCUCAGAGGGCUGUUCUUGGAGUGCUGGCUGAAAAUGGGCAGUGUCUGAGAUCCUGCAGCCAGGGAACUACUGCAGUGAGAUGUUUCUCUGGACUGGAAAAUGUCAUCCCUGGAAAGAAUAUGUUGCCCACUUGUGUGUCCUCGAAGCAGGGCUUUACUGUUUAUGUAGAUGAAUUAGAACAGGAAAGUACCUACAACAGUGUGGGUAUAGAAGAGGUGGAACCAAGCAUAUGUGAAGUUGACACCACCACAGUGAAACCCAGCUUUCACCUGCUGUUGGACUUGAGUACAGUGUCUCCGAUGUUGGUCGAUACAUCACUGCAGUCACAAUGUGAAGAUCCCCGUGGUCACAAACUGGAUAUCAUGGGCAUUGUAGAAUACGCAGAAGACAUUCAUUGCUACCUGAGAGAGGCUGAACAGGUUCGAUACAGGCCAAAGCCUUGCUACAUGAGGAAGCAGCCAGAUAUCACCACCUGCAUGCGCACGAUUUUGGUGGACUGGCUGGUGGAAGUUGGAGAAGAGUACAAGCUUCACACAGAAACCCUGUACCUUGCUGUAAACUACUUGGACCGUUUUCUCUCUUGCAUGUCUGUCCUUCGAGGAAAACUGCAGCUUGUAGGAACAGCUGCAAUUCUCCUAGCUGCGAAAUAUGAAGAAAUUUAUCCACCAGAGGUAGAAGAAUUUGUAUAUAUAACAGAUGAUACCUACACCAAAAAACAGCUAUUGAGAAUGGAACACUUGCUUCUCAAAGUCUUGGCCUUUGACUUGACAGUCCCAACCAUCAACCAGUUUCUUCUUCAGUAUUUACAGAGACAUGGUGUCUGUCUGAAGACUGAGAAUUUUGCAAGGUAUGUAGCAGAAUUGAGCCUACUUGAAGCUGAUCCAUUCCUGAAGUAUCUUCCCUCACAAAUGGCAGCAGCUGCUUACUGUCUAGCAAAUUAUACUGUGAACAGGCAUUUCUGGCCAGAAACUCUUGCUGUUUUCACCGGAUAUUCGUUAAGUGAGAUAGUGCCUUGUCUAAGUGAUCUGCACAAAGCCUGCCUUGAUGCUUCUCAUCAGCCACAGCAAGCGAUAAGAGAAAAAUACAAGAUGACAAAGUACAUGCAAGUAUCCCUCCUGGAGCCACCAGCUGUCUUACCCCUGCAGUGAAUUGUGGAAUACCAUUGGGGACUGCACUGAAACUGAAGCACUUGACUCUGAUCAAUAGAGUUGAUCAUCUGGUUUUUGUAGGGCACUGCAGGUCAUGUGUCGAUAUGUUGCCGGAAUCUAUUUUUAGAAUCCAUUUUAGCCUAUAGACAUACCUCAUUGCAAGGACUCAGGACUGUAGUUUUAACCCGAACUAAAAGCACUUUUAAUAAACAUCUUCCUCGUUUUAAAACAUA